UCUGCAUUCAGCACUAACCGUUAAUGACCAUUGGGUGUGUGAGCCAGGCUUGAGGUUGGAGAAUGAGAAACAGACUUGCGGACAAGAAAUAUUGCCAUCUUGUAUGGAAGCGGAGACACCUUCAGUGACAACUGAUGCAAACCCUAAAUCCCCUACAACCACUGAAUUACAGAAUACUAAAAUGAUAACUAUGAAUGCAAAGACAUUUGAUCAAACGAGCACAAUACAGCAGACUGAAACAUCUACAAGGCAUGAGGCUUCAGCACAGACAACACUUGAAAUGCCUUUAACCUCACAUUCUACAAGUCUGAAUUAUGAAGCAUAUAAUUCUCAAAAAACAACUUCAAAGAAAUCAACAUCACAACAGAAAGCCACUUCAGACAAAAUUGGUUCUAUAACAACAGAACUCUUGACCAUUACUACACAAAGCCCUGAAAUGACUGUUCCAGGAUAUAAGUUUGUCUUGCAGGAGAAUCAGGUUAACACAAGUCAGGUUACAACAGGCAACUGGUCACAGAGUGAUGGCCCCUUCAGAGGAAAUAUCAACACUACAGACUGCCUAACCACACAUGCUCUAGAAAAACAUACAAUCACUGUAGUUCAAGGACCAUCAGUGCCAAGCAUUGAUUUAUCAGUUCCUGUUUACUCUGUGGAGAUUAAUGACUACAUCUGGGGGAGCUUUGCCAACAUUUCAUGCAUUGAUACUGUCCACACCAGCAUCAAUGUCAAAGUAAAUGAGCUACUCCAUGACUUUGUAAACAGGAUUGGCAGUCUGGCAUGCCAGGAUGCUCCUGAUGCUUCUCUAGAGAUGUCUGCUGGAAACAUAAGAUUUUUAGGCACAAGGAGUUCACCAGAUAAUGCCACCACAUUAUUGGUUACUACCCAUCCUCCAGUGCAAGUUUUUACAAUUCCUAAUGUACAAAUGAAAUUUGCUGGAACAUUCACCUCUAGCAGUCCAGAUGACCAGAUAGAUGAUCAGUGUAUUAAAGAAUAUAAAGCAGCACUGAUAAGAGUCUUUUCCAUGGUAGAGCAGAAUUUACACCCGAGGAUGUUCAGCGACAUUUAUACGGUUAUAGAUAAGGAUGUCAGUAUUACUAUUAAUGAUAAAAAGGUGAUUGCUGAAGUUACUGUGAACUUGAUACCCCUUCAAGAAAGUGUGGAUUUCUCGCGCAUGAGCAAGUGUGCCAACUUCACUUCAUUGCAGUUUCGUGAACCACCUCAGAAAACUCUUUCUGUUACUGCAUCUAGGAUGUCUAAUUUCAAGUGUCCAGUGCUGAUUUUAAGUGCUCAUGGAUUUAGAUCAGAUACUUCUAAAAUGAAUCUCUACUGCACUCAUGGUUAUGUCACUGACAAGUCUAAUUUUAAAUGUAUUAACGAAAGCUUACCUCUGCAUUCAACAAGGAUAGAGAUUGCAGUGACAGGGACCUAUGAGGAGAUCCCAUGCAAACAUGUGAUUGAAACAUCCACCGAACAGCUGAUGAAAGAUAUAUUUAAAGAAAUUCAAAAUGGCCUGCUGAAAGGAACUAUAUGCAAUGGUACUAAAAUUAUUACGUUUUUGCAAGAUCAAGGAAAUAUAACUAUUGGACGUCAAGGGGUUAACAUCACCGUUCCAGUGAUAUUGAUUAACCUGCAGUUCAACAAGCCGGAAACACAAGACUGUAUCCAGCAAAUUUACAAAUAUUUGAAAUCAGCCAUUUUACAGCCUAUUUCUACAAUGAUAACCACUUUGUCAGCCACUUGUAAGGCUAAUCUCUCAGUUCCACUAAACUUCAAAGUAUCCAGUAAACGGUGGAUAUGUCUUCCUGGAAGAGUAUAUAAUCCAUUAAUCCACUACUGUGAGGUGCAGAUAGAACCAUCCCCUACACAAACAAUAGUUUCAGAUCGUGGUAAACGAAGUGUAGCUUAUCCUCAGCUGAGACCACAGUGGAAUGCCUCACUACCAACAUGCAUUGACUUUGAACCUCCUACCUUCCACUCAUGCCCUGUGGGACCUGUUGUCAUUAAUUUGGGAACUUUUGGCCCAGUUGCGGCUACCAAGCCUCUUCCAACUGUCACAGACAACUCAGGAAUGAUGCCCACCCUUACAGUCAAACCAGAUAUCAAUGUGUUGAACAGAUUUGGCAAAAAUACAACAUUUGUAAUGGUGGCAAAAGAUGAAGCAGGAAAUAAUGCGACAUGUACAUUUAAUGUAACCAUUUUUGAUCAGGUACCACCAAGCAUUACCUGCCCCAGAAAUAUAGUGACAGUUUCUGCAAAAUCACAGCAGGGAAUUCCACAAAUUAAAUAUAAUAAUACAAUAGUCACUGCAGUUGAUAACAGUGGAUAUGUCAACAUUAUCUACGACCCACCAGAUGGUGCCCCUAUUACAACAUCUGAAAUAAUAAUAGUAACAGCUUCAGCAAUUGAUGGCAGUUUGAAUAAAGCAAAUUGUUCAUUUUUUGCCAGAGACCUGUCUUGUGUAGUUUCUUGCCCUGCAGGAAAAGGUUUCGCAGUGCAACCUUCUGAGUUCUACAACUGUAGUGGAAAGUCUGGAAUCUGGCAACCACAUAACAAAGUGCUAGAGUGUAUAGAAAGCAGAUUCCCAGACUUUGAAGUGCGCCUGAGUUUUGACUUACCUUACCAGGGCAACACUACAGGAGAUUGUCUGAAGGAGAUGCUAGAUGCAGUUAUAGAAUCUGUGAAGCUGAGAUUUUCUUCUGCAUGCUUAAAUGCUACACAAGAUCUUAACUUCACUAACAUUGACAGUGUUGGAGCUUUCCAUAAAGGCCCUGUUAUGGCAGCAAAACUGAAGAUCUCCAUUCAGUCAGCAUUUCACAACAUGACUAAAACUACCACCCCUCAACUGUGCGGGAGUGCAGUACUAAACCACAUACAGCUGAACGACACUCUCCUUGGUUCAUGUGGUCAGUUGAAGCUGAGCACUCCAGUUGCCAAAGCUGGGAAAGACUCCUGUCCCAGAGGAUUUUCUUAUGUCAGUGGCAUGUGUUUUGGAUGUCCUCAAGGACAGUAUAGCACAGAGCCAAAGUGUCUUGAAUGCCCAAUCGGAACAUUCCAGAAUUCACCAGGUUCAAGUGAAUGCAUAAAUUGUACCAAUGGAUAUUCUACUUUACAUGAGGGGGCUCGAGAUAAAGAUGAAUGCAUUGCGAAAUGUAAAUCCAAUCAUUUCUCCGUGACUGGACUAGAACCUUGUUUGCCAUGUUCUCUGGGAACUCAUCAACCAAAACCUGGCUCUAUGGAUUGUGAUGCCUGUGAUUUUGACAGUGAUGGAAGAUUGCUUAGUCUUUACUGUAAAAAACUGUGUGUUCCCGGAGAAUAUAGCUCAGACGGAGCUAUUCCCUGUACACCAUGCCCAAAGAACUAUUACAGCCAAAUUAAUGGUAGCACCACCUGUCUCAAAUGUCCAGAUAAUAAGGUGACAUUGAGAGCUGGAAGCUGGAACAUGGCUCAUUGUGAAGUACACGAUCCAUGUCAAAAUAAUCCAUGCCAGAAAGGCUCUCAUUGCAAGCCUUAUGGUGACAGUUUUGUCUGUGAAUGCUUGCCUGGUUUCAAAGGUUUUACUGGCACCACCUGUUCCCCAUUGUCAGAGCUAGAUCACUGUUUAUCCAAUCCCUGUGUGUAUGGCUACUGCACAAAUACAGCAACAGGAUUCAACUGCUCUUGCUACAGUGGCUAUCAUGGAAAAAGGUGCCAUAUGAAAAUAGACAACUGUGUUGGGGUCAUCUGCUACAAUGAGGGAGUUUGUGUUGAUGACCUUGUUGGCUUUCACUGUAUAUGUGUAAACUUCAUGGGUAAAUAUUGUGAUGUGAGAAUGGAUCAGUGUGAAGUCAACAACUGUCACAAUGGGGGACUGUGCAUCCGUGAUACUAAGACACUGAAAUGUUUAUGUCCUGAAGGUUUCACUGGUGAUCUGUGUGAAGUUAACAUCGAUGACUGUUCCAGUUCUCCUUGUUUAAAUAAUGGUGUGUGUCUGGAUGGCAUUAAUUCCUACAGAUGCUUCUGUCUGUCUGAAUAUACUGGACACAACUGUGAAUUUGUGGUGGACCCAUGUGAAGCAGGUGCUUGUCUAAAUGGGGCUCUUUGUGUUAAAACUCUUAGCUCAGAGGAUGACAUUCACUGUGAAUGCAGAGAAGGUUAUACAGGAGAAAGAUGUGAGGUGGAAAUUGACUUCUGCCAGCCAAUGCCCUGUAGCAUGCAGGGAAGUUCAUUCUGUGAGGAUAUCAUCUCAAGCUUCAAGUGCCAUUGUCUGCCUGGAUGGAAAGGUGAUCGGUGUGAUGAACAGAUAGAUCCGUGUGGCAGACAUCAAUGCUAUAAUGGAGGCAUAUGCGACAACAACACAGGGGACACUUUUACAUGUGUCUGUCCACCAAUGUUUACUGGACCCACAUGCUUGAUUUCAUUAAACUCUUGUGAGUCCAAUCCGUGCCAAAACUCAGGAAGCUGUAUCGAGGAAAAUGCCACUUUUUCUUGCCUGUGUCAUUCUGGAUUUACUGGUUUGUUAUGUGAAGAAAAUAUAAAUGAGUGUGAACCCAAUCCAUGUUUGAACAGCGGACUCUGCCAGGAUGGAGUAAAUGCUUUCUUUUGCAGUUGCCGUAGAGGGUUUGCUGGUGAACUGUGUGAGGUCAACAUUGACGAAUGUCUCAGUCAUCCUUGUCUGCACAACUCCAACUGCACACAACUUGACAGUGACUUCAAGUGUAACUGUGUUGCAGGGUUCACUGGGAAACAGUGUGAAACUGAUAUUGAUGAGUGUAGUCCAAAUCCUUGCCAGCAUCAAGGCAAAUGUGUAGACCAAAUUUCCAGUUUUUACUGCAUUUGUCCUAAAGGCCACACUGGUGCUACGUGUGAGGAGACAGUAGACAAAUGUCAUGAUAACAUUACUUGUCUAAAUAAUGCUACAUGCCAUGAAAUUGAUGGAAAAGUUGUGUGUCUUUGCACUCAUCAUUUCACAGGACCAGACUGUGGAAAAAAGAAAAGUGCAAACUUUGAUCUUCACUUCCUGGGUGACCAGACUAUGAAAAGCCAGCCACCAGUUAUACAUACAGGAAAUCUCAGUGAGAUAAGCUUGUGUUUAUGGGUCAAAUUUAACCACCCAGAUUCACAUGGGACAUUUCUGGUUCUAGCAUCUGAAGAUGGGCAUAAUAUCUUCCUAACUCUGAGUGGCUUUCAUGCAACGGCUCCAAUCUUUGCCUCAGAAGAAGUUAAUCUGAAUAAUAAUGGUGGGCCAUGGCAGCAUUUGUGUGUGGUGUUGACUACAUCUCACUGGGUGAUCUUCAAAAAUGGGAACAGUGUGACCCAGGGGCCAACUAACAAAUGGCUACUUCAAAAUAGUCUAAAGCUGACACUUGGACAGCCUGCAAGCUACAAAGAUACAAGUGAAUGGUUCAAAGGUUACUUGCAUGGAGUCAAUAUUUAUAGCUUUGCCCUGGACAAGAAAGAUGUGCAAAACAUGUCACAGAGCUGUGAUAAUUACAUGCAAGGCAAUCUGUUUGACUGGGUGACAGCUGAGCCUCAUUUGUUUGGAUGUUAUGUUACCAUGCCAUCUCUGUGUGGAGAGGAUGUGUCUUCAUCUGGUGAUCAGACUGAUUUAGUCUCCUCUUCAUCAGAAGACAAAGUUCCACCUGAAGUUGUGAACUGUCCAAGUACUAUUGUGGUAACCACCGAGAAAGGUUUGGUUUCU